UUGCAGCCGCAGCUGGCCGUUGGUGAUUCGGCUGAGGAGGGACAAACGGUAACAAACUGAACAAUGUCGGGGGGCUGUCGGAGGUUUCUUCCGCCUCAGCUCUCGGUUACUGGGUCAGACUGUGGAAGCGGACUCGUAGGAUGGACGAGUUGUCUUUGAGGAGGAGAAAAUGUGGAUCCACAGCGCCGAACCAAAGCAGUGUCCUACCAAUCCUUCACCUGUCUGGUGGCCCAGUCUCUCACCAUGAACACCAGUAGGAACUGCACCACGGUGGGGAAUGGUGAGGGUCUGUCUGCCCUGGAGUCAGUCUCCAUUGUGACCAUCACACUCCUCGCCUGCCUGGGGAACCUCUUGAUUGUGGCAACCCUUUAUCGCAGGCCUUAUCUGCUCACACCCAGCAACAAGUUUGUGUUCAGCCUGACGCUGUCCAACCUGCUGCUGUCCAUGCUGGUGCUGCCCUUUGUUGCCGUGAGCUCAGUAAAGAGAGAGUGGGUGUUUGGGGUGGUGUGGUGUAACUUCACUGCCCUGCUCUACUUGCUCAUCAGCUCUGCCAGCAUGCUCACCCUUGGAGCUAUUGCCAUUGACAGGUACUACGCAGUGCUUUACCCGAUGAUCUACCCCAUGAAGAUCACAGGAAACCGGGCGGUUGUCGUCAUCGCCUACGUGUGGUUACACUCCCUGAUCGGCUGUCUGCCUCCUCUUUUCGGCUGGUCGUCCUUCGAGUUUGACUGCUUCAAGUGGACAUGUGUUGCGUCUUGGCACAGAGAGCCGAGCUACACCGCCUUCUGGGUCACCUGGUGCACCCUUCCCCCGUUCAUCAUCAUGCUGGCCUGUUACGGUGUCAUUUUCCGUGUUGCCCGCAUGAAAGCCAGGAAGGUACACUGUGGGACAGUUGUUGUUGCCCAGGACGACUCCAAUGGAUCUCAGAAGAACGGACGAAAAAACUCAAGCACCUCAACUUCCUCUAAUGGAAGCCGGCGGAGCCUAGUGUAUGCAGGGAGUCAGUGCAAGGCCUUUGUCACCAUCUUAGUGGUGAUCGGCACUUUCCUCAUGACCUGGGGGCCGUAUGUUGGAGUGGUGUGUACCGAGGCUUUGUGGGGACAAGGGAGUGUGUCUCAGGGACUGGAGACUUUGGUGGCGUGGCUGUCUUUGUGCAGCGCCGUGUGCCACCCGCUUAUCUACGGUCUGUGGAAUAAAACUGUGAGGAAGGAGCUGCUGGGGAUGUGUUUCGGAGAUCGCUACUACAGAGAGUCAUUCGCCACGCGGCAAAGGACAUCCCGUCUCUUCAGCAUCUCCAACAGAAUCACAGACCUCGGUAUGUCCCCACACCUGACAGCCAUGCUGGCCGGUGGAGGCCAUCUGCUGGCCCCAGGGAGCAGCACAGGAGACACUGGCUUCAGUUUCACUCAGGACUCAUGCACAGACGUGAUGCUGCUGGAUAACUUCUCCACAGACGGCUCCUCCCACACACAGCACCACGGGCAUCAGUCCGGGAAGAGGAGGAGCUCGGUCACCUUUGAAGACCAGGUGGAGCAUUCCAAAGCUGAAAACACCAACACGUCCUCAGUUCAAGUCCACGCAGAGGUACACAAAUCUCUCGACACCUUUGCCUCCUGUCUGGCGAAGGCUAUUGAGAGCGAUGCUAAGCUCACCCUGUUUGGGGAGGAUCUAGGUCUGCCGGGGGGACUGUUUACAACCAGGGCAGCACCGAGACCCAGAUACCUGGACGGUCAGAGACUGAGGCUGGAAAGCAUCGAUGAAGGGAUCGUUAAAGACGACAGAGAUGAAGAAGAGCUCGAUGUGGAAGAGAAACCAGCCUGAACACAGCUGUACAUGCUUAUAGGCCAUACUCAGUUCAUUAGUGAACUACUAUAUGUGACCAUUCAGAGCGGUGCUUGUCCUGCUCUGUUUAUGAAGUCUGAUCACUCUACACAUGGGUACUCCAUACUUGAAAUUAUUAGAAAACAGGAAGAAGCGCAUUAUUCAUUCCACUAAGUUGGACCAAGUUCACACCAUCAGUGUCUUUACAAGUGUUUGUAUGCAUUAAUGUAAUCAAAUAGGAAGCCUUAACUACUGUAUCCUAAAUGAUCUGAUUGUAGUAAUUGGUUUAUUACUAUAUGUUAUUGUAUGACCUCAGGACAAUAACAUGUGCCUCAUUAGGGCUGGGCAAUAUGAAAGAAAUACAGUUGUUUCUAAAUCACUGUUAUUAGAUCUCUUUAAAAUGUCUCCUUUAUUAUAUGUUCAAGUUUGUUUGGAAGCUCAAGUUCUCUUUUAUUCAGGAGCAGACGAAGAGUCAAUUUAAGCUUGUACUGCACACUGAUGGUCCACAUAUAGUUUCCACUUAUUGUGCUUGAUGAGAUCGAUCUGUGUGACUGUGGUCAAACAACAAACUAAACUUGAUUUAUACUUAACUUGUACAUUUAUAAGUCUUAAAAAUACAUGAUGACCUCAUAACUCCCAACAAUAAUGGUUUUAAUUACCUUGAAUGACAGACUUUGGCUGAUGUGAGGGAUCCAUAUUUGGAUGUUUUUCUGUUAUAUUAAGUGCCAAGUUGAACAUAUCAGAGCUGUGAGGAAAAUCUCAGUUCCUCAGUCAUACAGUAAUUAAAACCUCGUUAAUAACUGAUAUAUAAGUAGAGGUCUAAUCAGUCAGAAUCAGUGAAAAUGAGUGCAGAGCCUUUAAUGUAAUGCAGCAGAAAUAAGUGUCCAGAGUCGCCGGGGUGACCGAAAUCACAGUUCUAGUUUUUUGUUUUUUUUAUUUUCACAGGAGACAUUUUGACACGUCACAGUAGGAAAAGCUCAGGUGUAAAUAAUAAAGUUAAUGAUGGCUGACUUCCAUUUAGCUGCUUCAGUUUCCUGAAAGUCCUGCUGUUGUUCUCGCUGACUCACUGUGACGACUCACUGGGACACUUGAAUACAACAGAGACAUCGUUAAUGUUAUUAGUAACACCUGUGAUCUUCCUACAAUGACAACUCAUCUCAGGUGAACUGAAAACACUCAAUGUUUAAAAUAAAUAAUGUAAUUCAUCAUAAGAAAACCUUAACAUUAUUGUAAAUGAUACAGUAUGUCCACGUAUUGCCCAGCCCUGAGCUUCAUCAUAUGAACUGAAUGUGUUGGCCAACACUUAAGCAGAGUGACGGGGUGCUUAUCGUGUACCUGAUGUAACCACAAACGGGGAUAGUCCUUACGUUUCAUGAUUAUCUGCUAUAGUAAUUGCACUUGAACAAGUAGUGUGUACUUGUUCUCAUAGAAACCACUCUCACCCAACAGAUGGGUUAAUGAGUAAAUGAAGUCCAGUCAUUUACUUUAUGUUGCUCUAUUGGUUGAUUGAAGGUCAACUCACAGAAAAAGAAAAUUGUGUUUGGUGUCAAAUUGGAGGACAAGUUCUGGUCUUUAUCUACAACACUGUAAUACUCAUCGGUACUUGUGGUUUACGUCAGUUUAGACCCUAUACCGCUCCCUUUACUAGUCUAUAAGGAACUCAGAAGACAUUUGUAAUAAGUAGAGCACAAUUCUGGUGCUUCAGUCUUACCUCGUCAUAUCUUCAUAUUAUGUUUGAAUGGUACUACUUUUGUAGGAAAAAGCUAUACACCUGAGAUGUGAUGUAAUCUUUUGAUUUUCACUAUACAGUAAGUAUUAAUACAAAUAUUUGCAUUAAAGUUUUGUAUCAAGAUUCUUCUAUUAAAACUUUUUACAUAAA